AUGCUAAAUGUUUCAAUAUAUCUGCCAAAUGGUACUAUAGACAAUACUAUAGAUAGCAGUAUAUACAGCUUUUCAGAAAAAAAUUCCAGUAGUUACUCAUCUAUAUUUUUUACAUACAGUGGACUUACAGCAUACACAUCGAUAACCUCUACGAAGAAUGCUGCGUUAUUAAGUUUAAGUGGGGCUACAACUACUUCCACAAGUUUAAGCACAUCAGCAAUUCAUUCUUAUAAUGAAAAAGUUGUCGUUGUCUAUUAUGUGACAACUCAGAUCUCGGUAGCAGCAACAACUACAUACAUUCCUGGUUUAUUGAAGACUACUUCUACUGUCUCUAUCUACACCUUGUACACAACCGAUUCCAAUGGUAGUAGCAGUCCAAUUGAUAUUGUAGUUGUGAUGACUCCAGAUGUGGUUACUACAAGUCUAAGAAGAUAUUAUAGAAACUCAUCAACAAUAUCUACAGAAUCCUUGUUAUCAUAUUUUAGAAUGUCGGAAUCUUUUAAAAAGAAUAUUGCAACCACAAAAAACGUAGAAACUUCCAGUGAUAGUAUUUAG